UGGUUCAAGACUAGUAUAAACUGAUUUUUGUGUCAGUUCGUUUCAGAUGCCUUAAUCGAAAAGCCAAUCAAAAAUUAGAAAAAAAUAGUUUGGCUUUCCGACACAGACACAAGAAUUUACCACGUCCUGGCCCAUACCUUCUAAAAAUUAAUCCGAAACAGGAAAUUGGCAAUCUGUCUCUCCAACAUGUUUCCUGAUGACUUCGACGUAGAACCCUUCAAUCCAUUCAAUGUGGGACCACCCAAUAGUGGAGCCCGAUCUGAAUUCAAAAUACCUACCUGCGUUACGUAUCCGCCACCGGUUUUCGUACCCAAGUCCGAAUAUGUGAAGCCAUCCAAGGAGUUGGUUUCCCGGAACAGCAACCAUAGUAUAGGAAAGUCCACGAUCGGCGAGGUCGAUAUAUCCAAGGCCAUCAAUGAAGAGAUGGCCGUGGCCAAGAAGCAGGCCGAAGCUCUCAGUGAAAAAAACCGCAUUGAUGCGGGUGCUGUCUCAACAACGAAGCUGUCCAAGGACUCCAAAUCAAAGGAAGCGGUUUCAAAGGACUCUUUGCGCACCUUAAUGCCAAUAAGGUCAAACCGUCAGGUCAGUGGUGAUGGUAGAGCCAAUUCCAAAUUAUCCAUAUCACAAUUCAGUGCGGCCUCCAAGACGAGCUGCACGAAUAAGCAAAGUGAGGCUAACAUGGCCUCAAAGUCUUCGAACAUUACAUUGAAACGAUCUGCAAUAGGCAACAGUAUUUCCUCAAAUACCACCCUCACUCCGAAGUCCAUUUUGAAGUCAACAAAUUUCUCAGAAGCAGCCAAAGCUUCCACUACCACAAUGAAAUCAAAAGUGUCAAAUAAGCCAUCAGAAACAGGAACUCAGCGCUCCUCAAAAUUAAAUCCUGCUGACUCAGACUCGAAACAAUCUCUAAAGUCUGCAAAGCCAAAGCAUUCCGAUUUUAAAAUGCAAGAUUCGCAGCUGACCAGUACUCAAGAACAAGCCCCGUCUGUUGUAGCCACAGAAAAUGCAAGGCUAGACUCUUGGAAUGAUCGAGUUCCUUCAAAGACCAACAAGUCAAAUGUACUACCAGAAUCCAAGGAUGGCCCCAGCUACAUUCGUUCGGAAGCAGCUUUAUCCUACAGACAGUCCUUGAAUCAGCAGGCUGCCGAAAUGGCGGGUCGCCUGAACGCCGGAAAUGAAAACUUUAGGCGUUACAACUCCGUGGCACGGAAUCACUCGAUCAAAGUACCUCAAAAACUUACCGACGGGGAUCGUAUGACAUUUUGGUUCAGCGAUGCUGUACUUUCCUAGAAACCAAACAAAUCCUUAGUUCAUAUUUACAGAGAACUGCUAGCUAUUGAACAGAAAAAUGUAAUCGAAAAUUAAAAGUUUUUACAUUUACAAUA